UUCAAAAUGGCGAAAAACUAUUGUUGUAUUUUGAAGAAAAUAAUCGCCCCAAAGAGCUCUGCUUUGGAUGAAUUUGUAAACUUUUAGAGGAUUUACUAAACAUAUAAGCACUUUGCAUUUACGAGAAAUGAGUUGGUGAACCUUGAUAAAGAUGGCCGACUGCCUGUAUGAGUGUCUCCGUGAGGCUCGUCUGGAGCAUUACUACCCAAAGCUUGAGGCCAAUGGAAUUACAAUGGCGGAAACAUUAUCAAAGUUAACCAUGAACGACUACUCCUCAUUGGGGAUAAGCAGUCUGGAGGACAAAAAAAGACUGUUCCGUUUGAUUCAAAUAAUCAGGGCAGUGCAGGGCCCUGAUCAGCCUUCAAGGUCAUUAGGUCAAGGUCAAAGCAAGCAUCAGUCAUCACAACGUCCAACCCAGAACAAAGAAUCAAACAAAAAUACGAGUACCAGUAGGCACGAAUCAAAGAAUACACAUCGAAUCCAGAACCAUGAGAGAACAGAGCCUGAUCAAAACACUUCUCAGGAAAGUAACAAGGAAAAUGUUGGCACUCCUAAGCCAAGCCUUAAUAUACCAACUAGGACAGUCGUUGUUAGGGGGGCUGGUACCUCAGAAAAGAAACCCAUGCUUGCUAAGAAAUCUGUGCCAUCACCAGCUCAGUCUGAUGUGAGUGUCACUUCUUCAAAAGGUUUAAACAUCGUUGCACCAGAAACCCUUGGUAAGCCGGCUGGGCCAGCAUUUAUUGAAAGGAUUGUGCACAACACUGGUUACAACUAUGGACUGCCCAACUCUGCAACGAAGCCAAAGACAUCCUCCGUCUCAUCGAGUCAGGCUGCAGAUCAAGCUACAUGUAACGGUGAGACUGAUGAUACGAAGAUCAAAGUGUGUGUCAGGAAACGGCCGCUGAGUAAGCGAGAGAUUAAGAAGAAGGAUGAUGACGUUGUCAGGAUUGAGAAUCACCAUACCGUUGUGCUGGUUGAGCAAAAGGUUGCCGUCGACUUGACAAAGUUUACACAAGAGCAUGCCUUCAUCUAUGACGAAGUGUUUCAUGAGUCCAUGACGAACAAGGAAGUCUAUGAAAGAACUGCCAAACAUCUCAUCAAGUGUGUUUUCAGUGGGGGUAUGGCAACAUGUUUUGUGUAUGGACAAACAGGAGCAGGAAAGACACACACAAUAAUGGGCAACCUGGAGGUGCCUGGUCUUUAUCUCCUCGCAGCCCAGGACAUCUUCAACAAAGUUUGCACAGGUCAUGAGGAUGUAGAUGUGACCAUCUGGGUGAGCUACUUUGAGAUCUACUGUGGCCAGCUGUUUGAUCUCCUCAACAAGAGAAAGAGACUACAUGUGCGAGAAGAUGGGAGUCAGAGGGUUAACAUUGCUGGCUUGUCUGAGGUUGAGUUGGAUAAUGUUCAGAGUUUAAUGGAGGCAGUCCAGCAUGGUAACAAAGUCCGCAGCACGGGAGCAAGUGGUGUCAAUCCAGACUCGUCCAGAUCACACGCCGUCCUUCAGAUUGAACUCCGGAAUAACAAGAAGCAGAGAAUUGGAAAGAUUUCCUUCAUUGACCUGGCUGGUAGUGAGCGUGCAGCAGAUGCCACAGACACCGACAAGCAGAACAGAUUGGAGGGUGCUGAUAUCAACCAAAGUCUCCUUGCUUUGAAGGAGUGCAUCCGUGCCCUUGACCAGGAAAGCCGUCACACACCGUUCAGACAGAGCAAGCUAACACACAUCCUGAAAGACUCGUUCAUCGGUAACUGUAGGACCUGCAUGAUUGCCAACAUCUCCCCUUGUCUGUCAGCCAGUGAGAACACACUUAACACACUACGCUAUGCAGAUAGGGUAAAAGAGCUGAGGAAAGAACUGUCACCAAAGACCACCCCAAUGGAAGAUACUGCUGCCAAUGCCAAGUCAGCCAUCACUAAAGAGUUUCCCACAGUUGGAAAGAUGACUCCUUCGGUAUUCCAUCCGUCCAGUGUCCCACUGUCGUCAACACCGCUCCGCCCAAACAAGGUUGAAAAUGCACAGUCUGAGUGCGAGACUGGUUAUUCACAGUUCGAAUCGCCAAUUUGUGGUCAUAAAAUCCGUCCCAGGAAGCUUGUCAAUGCCUUAUCAGCUGAGGAGGACAAGCAAAUUAAUAUUGCAGUGAAGGAAAGUUCACGAAAGGUUUGUGGUCAAGUUGUUGCAGAAAAGGAAAGUUUAGAUUUGACCUCUGACAAGGGUGUUUCAAAACGAGUGUCUGGGUGUCGCGAAAACAAAGAUUCUGUUGCUGGAAAGAUUAGUGAUGUGAAGUUGGAUGCUGAAAAACCGAUGGACAUUAGUACUAGUAGUGUCAAUAUGUCUACUGACUCUAGAACAAGCCUGGCCAGUCGGGCUAGUAGGAAGAGCAAGAAACCAAAUGAUAAAGUGAGAAACUCAUCCAGUGAUGGUGCUGGCACCAAGAACAUUUCUAACAGUUCCAGGCGCUCGGGCACAGAAGUGCUGAGACCAAAGCAGGGUGACAAUGUUCAUAUGGACAGUCCUUUAAAUUUGAGUGUUUUAAAGCAGGGGAAAUUUGACAAACAAACUGGCUUGAUUGCACGUCUGGAGAAGGCUAUGGAGAAAACAAGAGAAGCUUUAAAUCGAUCUUUGACCAGCCAUGAUUUGAUGGCAGCGUCUGAUAUGGAGAAGGAUGAUGUUCUGGUCCGUGGUGAUGAGGCACCUCAGCUGUCUGAAAGACAAGUUAUCGGAGAGAACAAGCCCAGUGCUAAAUCAAAAUCUAAUGGCUGUAGUAAAGACACCGAUGUGGAAAAGUCUCCCAUUCUGGUUGAGAAGUUUUCAAAGUCAGGCGUCUUGAAUCACCCUGUGAAGUCAUUCAUGCAGGCAGCUAAGAAUUCACCGGUGACAAAACAAAAGAUGGCGAAGCUCGUUCGAGCUCAGAAAGAGGCUGCAGGGAAAAUCAACAGUGUGAAAAAGGUUUCUCGAACUCCAACUAAAAUGCUUGAUCGUCCGAUGCCGGAUCCAAAGGUUAUGGUAAGUAAACCUGAUCGUGAAGCAGAUACGGACACGUCUCAGGAGGUCUCCCCAAGCAAGAGAAGACGCAUGGUCUCUCCGCCAGAACCACAGCUUAAAACCAGCACAGAUUUUGAUGAUUACUUAGCAAAAGCUCUCCAUGACACCGGGAAUAAACGUAACAAGUUCCAAGUUUACGAUGGCAAAUUUCUGCCACGUUUAGAAGACGUCGCCGACCAUACCAAUACGGGUGCAGAAAAACCAUUAGCAAUUGUGAAAAAAUCUGUUGAUGGUGAAGGGAAGGAAUUAUCAUCUGGUGUAGAAUUGGUCCCUGGAAAUGAUCAUGUAGAUGGUGUGUCUACUGUUAAGAGUCUGAACAUUUCUAGCGAUUCUCAGACAAAGUCACCAAAUAUUGUCAAGAGGAGUUUGUUAUCAGAGUUCAGGGAGACCGUUGUCAUUGGUACGAAUCCUAAAAGUCCUGUCACAAAGACAUUCUUAUCACCAAGAAAGUUGCCUGGUGGCGUUGGUCAAGACCUUAUCAGCUCUUCUUCACCAAUGAAGAAGUUUAAUAGUGAAAGACAGCAGGCCUUUGUUAACACUCCAACAGAUCAGAAUCGAAAAUAUGAUAGGGGUACAGCCUACAGUGGUUUUGAUAUGUCCAGUGAUAAAACUUUGACCGAGAAUUCUAAAUCAAAUGGCCUUGAAACAUCACCUGAUAUGCGGCGUCCAAAACUUCUUGACCGAGAUACAGGGGACUUAUACACGAUGUCACAAAGUCCUCAGAAAUCCCCCAGGAUGGCUGCCAAGAUCAGUCCAAGGAUGCAACAUCUGCCAAAACCAGCUUUGGGACAGGUCAGUGAGGCUUCCAAGAAAAUCAACAGCUUACCUACACCUGAUGAGUUCUUGAAGUCAUUGGCUGGAAAGAGGUCAUCAGUGCGUAAGAGCAGAGAUCAUAGGGCUGACGCAGAGCCAAAGUCUGAAUGUUUGGAUCGACCAAAGUUCAAGGCGAGUGUUGAAGCAAAGAGUGAGUCAGGAGCUGUGAAGAAAGACCGAGCUAAAUGGGAGAGGCCACCAGAACAUGUCGAACCAAGGAACUCAAGGCUUCUGGCUCGUAAUCAGAGGCCAACAUGGAUUAAACCUGAGGCAACGAAGAGGCUCAGUUUGACGAAAAUGCUUGAUAAUCCACCUGGUGAAGGUCACAUAGAAUUAGAAAACGAUAAAUCUGACCUUAUUCAGAACUUCUAUUCAAAAUUGUUGAAGUAUAGCUCGAAAGAUAAAGUUUUGAAGGACAAGAAUUCAGAUUCUGGGCCUAAGUCUAAUGAUGUUUGCAGCACUGUGUCAGACUCUGCUCUUCUAAAAACUAGAAAGCCAUCUGGUGGCAAAGCUAAUGGAGACCACAUCACAGAGUUCAGUGAGAAGAUACCAGCCGUGUCAAAGUGUAGGACGGUUACUGACAGUGGUGUUGUCAUGCCAGGCCUGUCUCUAGAACACAAGAAAACUACAGAGACAGAAAGUGACGUUGAAACUGCUAGUAUCGGUACAUUAGAUGAUGUGUCGAGUAUUGCAUCUGUCAGAAGUCUCCCGGUGAUCGAACAACUACCCGAGGACACGAGGCAGAUUGUCUCGGAGCCCCUGCCACCUCACCCGCCCGUCGACUUGCAGAAAACAGCCUGUUCUGCUUGGAAAAAAACUGCACCAGUGAAACCAAAACCUAUCAAAGCACAUGUAGCCUUAGAGGUUUCUCCUAAAAAGGGAGUUAAGAAAGUGACUUGUACUGCACCCAUAAGGUCCGAGAAAGUUGACCCCCUGUCCUUGUUUUUACCGAUUCAUCCAUAUCCAGUUACUCCAAGUUCUAAUGACGUCCUUACAGCACCCAAGGUCAUUACAAAGAUAGUUGUGGAGGAUGAUUCAAAAGACAAGACCGGUAUCUCGGAGAAUUUGGAUGACUCUGAAAUUGUCCGAACCCUUGAUAAUGCUACCAAUCAUAAAGAUCCUCCAAACAGGGAUAACCUUGUCAAUAGUCUCAGUACUAUUGGAAAAGCUCUGCAGCAGAGUAAAGUCAGCAUGGCCAAAGAACUGAGCAAGACAACAAAUUCUAGCCAUCUGAACCGAAAUCAUGGUGAUCCGUUGUCCAAAACAAUUGGUUAUUCUAGUUAUCAUGACAGCGCUGUAUUGGGAGGUGCCAGGAAAACUGAGCGUGGAAAGGAUAUUGUACGCAGUCAUGAUUCAAGCCAAAGAAGGAACGAUAUGACAAAAAGUGGAAAAUCUCUUGCUGACAAGGACCCUCUGCGAAAUACGAUUGGUGUUUCAUCUGGUAAAUUCCUGACAAAUGGUGACCAUUUGUCUUCAAGGAGUGCUAGGGACAGCUACAGAUGGAGAGAUCCUGACUUUUAUCGCAGAGAUGAACCUUCUGACAAAGUCAAUUUAAACCCAUCUUUGGAGCGCAGCUUUGAAGCAAGGCAGCAACUUGGGGAGUCACUUCGUAGUACCUACGAUAGUGUUAAAUUACGUUCGACGUUGAAUAGUAUGACGAUGACGGGAAAUGGCUCAACCCUGCGAGAGACGACCACAGAAUACCACAGCAGGCACAGCACUGUAGAAUACAAGAGUAAUACGGAUGGAGGGAAGUCACAAUCGCACCAUGCCAGGUUGCGGGUGAUAUCUGGCCAUGAAGAACAUCUAGCAGAUGUGACAGCUAUGUGUAGGAGAGAGAUGUCGCUGUUGAAACAAGUGCGAUCAGGAGAUGUGAGUUUCAGUGACUACACCAACAGGAUGACGGACAUGUUACUGAUCAAGCUAAAGAGUAUCGAACUGCUGCGUGAUAGGAUUGCAUGCUGUAAAGUCAUCGCGUGAGAACCUCUCGUCAUGAGAAAAGGAGGAUUGUAGUUGUUAGGUUGUCUCCUCGGUGCCUCAGACUCCCAGAGAAGAUUUAGUGCAGUAUUAGAGAGUGGAUUAUUGGAAGAAUAGUUGUUGAUAUGGUGUUGUUCAUGAAUAGACAUUGUGGCAUGUAGUGUUAGCUGAUUUUCCUUUGACUUGAGUGCGAUUGUAGACAUAGUCAUAAUAGAUUUUCUGCACUGAGACACCCUCUAUUGUAUACAAAGUGCGUGUGCAUUAUUGAGAUUGACAUUAAUUAAGACAUUCCACCUGUAAUGUAUAAAACCUCAACUACCAUGACAGCCUGGGUAUCUGAAAGUAUGCCAGAUUGUUUUUGUAGCUAAUUUUGAUCAGUGCCCCAUCGUUUACCACUGCCAAUGGUGAUCUCAUCUUGUACAUCAAAAACAAGUAAGACAUUUCAUUUUAUUUCUUAUACUUAUAGCACGAUUCCCCACCGAAUUGUAAUAGGCAUGAUGCCUGCAUCUACAAUAGUUCAUACUUAUGACAAACAUUUUUCUAUAUGUAUACAUUUUACUUGGUAUAAGUCUGAAAUGCUUGUCCUGCUACAAGUUUUCUACAAAGUUUACAUUCCAGGGCCUGGUUGUUUAAAAGUGUGGUGCGAUAGGCCAGAGUUGUGUUAUUGUACUCGUAGUGCACAGUUGUGGCUUGUCAUUUCCAGACUGGCAGCAUUUGUAAUUUGUCAAGAUUAGUCUUUGGUUUAACCUUUUAAGCUGCAGGCAUAUCUUUGUAUUGUCAACGAGGCAUUCUGCUGUUGUUUAGAAGAGAAAGAAUUUAGUUUGAUUGUGGUAUAUUUUAGUUGCAUUUACCGUAUAUACAUGGUUCAUACUUGAACCAGUUUAAACGGACAGUUUUAGAUGGGAAUAUGUGUGAGUUGCUUGAUUAAUGCUAAUCAGUGUUGUGAGAGAGUUUGAAAUCGCCCUCACUGCAGGCAGUGGAGGCUGUAUAAGUUGUAUGUGUCUAGUGAUUCAAAUUAUUGUCUUUUAUCAGUAUCUGUUGGCUUUGAACAUUAAAUAAGGGUUUCUUCUGCCAGCACUUGAAAUUGCACAUUCUGAGCUCCCACUCAUGUCCAAUGCACAGAUGUGCUCAUGUCACAGCCUAAUUAAUUGAAGAAAAUGCAAAGACAAACAUUUGAAUGGCUAGACAUAUAUUGAUGUUGAUAAAAUCUUCAGAUGAAAUAACUUAUCAACUUUAUAUCAUUGAGAGGUGUUUAUAUUUACGUCAGAAUAAUAUUUAUAAACGGCAAUUUAAUGGGUCCAUUCAUUCACAAAUAGUGAUAACGAUGCGUCCAAAAACUGCUGAAUUGAGGGGCAUCAAUUUCAGAGUAUUAUUUUAAAAAGAGUGUUAUAGUUUAUAUCCCAUGACAAAUAGGUUGGUAGUUUUAGACAUGUAUCACUUUGAUGGCUGCCUCUGAAUUGUGUUAAUGGAGAGCAGAGUUUAAUGGUGUGGCUUGGAAAAAAAGUUUUUUUAGAUGACUUUGUUUCAUAAUCAGUGUGGGGAAAAGUGUGCCGUAAGCUUUUACUCUGUCAGCAUUAGGAAGAGAUGAGAGGGUUUUGAAAACAUAUCCAAUUGUGUCUACAUGUAUGUGUAGUGAUAUAUUUUGGAAAAUGUGAUGCUUACUUUUACUGUUGAAUGAUGUUUUUUGUGUUGUAAGAUUUAGGAGUUGGCCAGACCAUUUUUGGGAGCAAGUUUGCUUUUUCUGUGUUUGAAUGAAAAAAAUGGUGUUGCCAACACACGUAGAAUGAAUGGCAAGUAGGAUCAAUAAAAUAUGAUGUU